AUGUCCUUCAUUUCCAAGUCUUCCGAAAUGAACGUGAUGAUCCCGAAGGCAGAUGGGGACUAUACGGAGAUCCCCAUUCCCGAGCAAUUCAAGACCACAGUGACCAAAAACAAGACCCUAGCCACCGAAAUCGUGGAGAACAAGGGUUAGAAGGGUGCGGGACCGAUUUCGUGAGUCGUUUACAACUAACAAAUUUUAUGCGGGGUGGGCGGUAGUCGCAAAGGUUUCAUUUUUCUGCUUGCCGAAUGGGACCAACAACAGUUAGAACACUUUUUGGACAUCAAUACAAUAUGUACAGUGUGUCCAGUUUUCGAUGCUUUUGCUUGAUAUCUCAUCAGUGAUUUUGGAGCAUUUUUGAAAAUUUUAUAUUUAUACAUCAUAUUUCAUUUUGAUGGAAAAAAAUAAGGAAUUUAAUGAGCUUCUAAAAUACAGGGUGUUCUAUUUGAAAAAUCAUAAGUUUGAGUCGUAUUUUCAAAACCAUACCCAAAGAAAAAUUGAGUGCGCCACUGGAUUCUGCGCAGAUUUCAAUUUGACAUUUUCGCUCAGAAACUUCUUAGAUAUAGAGGGGGUCCAAAAAGUAUAAAUUUUCAAAAUCGCCCUGUAUCUCAUAUACUCAAACAGUUAUGCAAAAUCUGAUCGAAAACUGGACACACUGUACAUUGUAUUAUGGACUUUUUACUCCUUUUGGCAUAUUAUAACAGUGCAUGUGCUUGCUAGGAUUAUCAAACUACAAUUUCCAAGAAUUGCUUAAAAUUUAGAGGAAUUUUAUGGGAAUUUUGAAGUUUUGCAAAGGCUUUCAGAAUUCUUAGAGAUUCCAGAAAUUCACAUAUCACAGAAUUCUAAGAAAUACGAAUAAUUGUGAAGAAAUUCAAAUAAUUUUUAGGAUGUUUCAACACAUUUCGGAGGAGUAUCAAGAUUGUACAGAUUUCUCAGAAAUUACGAAAAUUCUCAGGAAUUUCAAAUAAUUCUUAAGAAUUAUUGGUAUUGUCGAAAAAUUCCCAGAAAUUGCAAACAAUUUUUAAUAGUUUCCGAAAAUUCAAAGGAAUUUCAAAGCAUUUCCGGAACUUUUUGAUUAAUUUCAAGGAAGUGGAGGAAAUCGAGAAAAUCCGAUGAUGCCCUAUUGAAUUGUAGA